UUGGGGGAGGAGGGCACUGCUCUUGUUGGAAAUAGGGAAUGCCCGUUAGUUGCGUCUGCCGAUAAUAGCACAUCAGCCAGAGCGCUGCUAUUGGGAGAGCAGAGCGCAGGCAGUGCGGAGGACUGAGCGGCUCAGCACAGAAUGGAACACUAGAGAAGACAGGCACACUCAGAAAGAGAUAAAGCAAGAAAGGAAAGAGAGCAUCGGAGCACGUUGAGAAGAGGAGGACAGAGAAGGAGCGGAGAGCACUGCAAAGAGGAGAGGAGAGGAGAGGAAGGAGAGGAGAGGCAGGGAGAAAAGUUACCAGGUCAGCAAGUGAUCGUGGAAGUGGAGCAGCUGAGACUCACUGGGGUCUCUUUCCUCCUGGAACAGCCUGGCACAGCAAUAAGCAGCACAGGAGGAGAGUGAUAUUACAAGAGGGGGAUAGAAGGAGUGCUGUAACUUCUUCCCGGAAAGACAGUUCUGUCUUCAGGCGUGGGUAAUGCUCCUCACAGGACCCUUGAGCACAGCUACUUCAGGACUAUCACAGCAAGACAGCAGCAGUGAGCAGGAGACUCUUCAGCCUGGCAGAGGUGCCUGGACAGUGCAGCUCUGUUCACCUCUAUACUGAAGACUCACAUACUCAACUGUGUGCUUUCAGGUGGAUGUAGUUGUGUUCCUGUGAGGUUUUUUUAUUUUAUUUUUUGAUCCAGGGAGUGAAUCAGGGGACAUUUGGAGCGUGAUCUGUUCUGUCCUGUCAUCUCUGAGACUAUGGUAGACUGUGCUUCAGGGAGCCCUUCAUCAGCAGCUGCAGCCCUAGAGCAUGGAGAAGUCCAGUAGUGAGGAGUCAGCCAUUCACCGUAGCCCGUCUGUAGAUAGCCACGACUCCGACUUUGCUCAAGCCUCUACGUCUGGCCGCCCGAUUGGCGGCCGCGGCUUCACUGCCGGCGCAUUCUACGGUUCCACGGGGCCGCGCAAAACCGCACAGCAGGCGCAGGCUGGAGCAGCAGCCGACGCCAGCGCAGGAGACAAGACCAACAACAAGUACAGCUCACCCAAAGGCAGCAAAUACGUGGUCUUUUACCUGGAUCUAUCCUUUGUGUUCCUUUUAGAAUUCAAGAAGUGCAACAUGGCAAGAGGCUGCCUCUGCUGCUUGAAGUAUUUGAUGUUCACCUUCAAUCUCAUCUUCUGGUUAUGCGGCUGUGGGCUGCUCGGCGUGGGCAUCUGGCUCUCGGUGUCUCAGGGCAGCUUCGCCACCUUCUCGCCCUCAUUCCCCUCAUUGUCAGCUGCCAACAUGGUCAUCGCCAUCGGCGCCAUCGUCAUGGUAACGGGCUUCCUCGGCUGCCUGGGUGCCAUCAAGGAGAACAAGUGCCUGCUUCUAAGCUUCUUCAUUGUCCUGCUGAUCAUUCUCCUCGCAGAGCUCAUACUGAUCAUCCUGUUCUUUGUGUACUCAGACAAGGUGAGUGAGAAUGCCAAACAGGAUCUGAAGGACGGCCUGGCUCUCUACAACUCAGAGAACAACAUCGGCCUGCGAAACGCCUGGAACAUCAUCCAGGCAGAGUGGAAGUGCUGCGGUGUGAUAGCAUACACCGACUGGCACGAGGCUCUGAAGGAGACGGUGGUUCCUGACCGCUGCUGCCAGGAGCAUUACCAGAACUGUGGGAGAAACUCCACCAACAUGUUCUGGAACAGGGGCUGCUUUGAGAAAGUGGAGGAAUGGAUGGACGACAACAAGCACCUGCUGGUAACCAUCGGCAUGGUCAUCUUGGUGGUGCAGGUUUUCUCUUUGUUAAUCGUCGCGAUGGGGGUGUAUGCAAAGGUCCAGAAGGCUACAGACACGGUGCGGGACACGUUCCUGAUCGACCCGGCUGUCAUCCUAAUUGUGGUGGGGGUGGUCAUGUUCUUCAUCACUUUCUGUGGCUGCAUCGGAGCCCUCCGAGAGAACAUUCGCCUCCUCAAGACAUUCUCCUUCAGCCUGACAUUGGUCUUCCUCACCCAGCUGGCCAUAGCCAUUCUGGGUUUCUUCUACUCGGAUCAGACUCGCGAUGCUUUGGGAAAGUUUGUGAAGAAAGCCAUCACGCACUACAGGGAUGACCUGGAUCUGCAGAACCUGAUGGACUACAUCCAGAAAGAGUUCAAGUGUUGUGGGUGGAACAACUACACAGACUGGUCUUGGAACCUGUACUUUAAUUGUACACACGAGAACCCCAGCUCUGAGCGCUGUGCCGUGCCCUACUCCUGCUGCACUCCUGUUCCUGGAGAGUCAGUGAUUAACACCAAGUGCGGUUUCGGGGUUCAAACUCAGACCUUCCUGGAGGCAGACAAGUCGAUCUACCCGGUGGGCUGUGCAGACAGAGCAGUGAUGUGGGUCGAGUCUCACCUGCUGUUGGUGGGGGCUCUCGCCCUGGGUCUGGCCUUACCUCAGAUUGCAGGCAUCGUGCUGUCCCAGAUCCUGAUCUCUCAGAUCCAAGAUGAGAUUACCUCGGUGUUGUGAGAGUGGGCCCGGCGAGGGGAAGAGGAGGAAAGAAAAGAGAACUCGCAGUUCUCUGCUUUCGGCUCCUCUGACGUGCAAACGACAUCUGUUUUACCGCUACUGUAUCCCUGCAAUGUUUCACCACAUUUCUUCUUCUUCUUCUUGUGCUGCAGCCUGCAGGCAUAAUAGUGUGGUGCACUUUAUUG